CAAGAACAUGAGCUCAGGAUUUUAGGAACGGCACCGGAAGUGGAGCAGUUGUCAGAGGGUGAUUGAGAAACACGGGAGUUGGAAUGUGGGCGGCUCUAGAAAGGUGCUUUUAGUUCAAUGUGACAAAUCGACCUGCAAGUUUCUAGUCAGUUGUGAGAAAGUCAAGGUGCUGAGAAGAGUUUCACGUGUUUUGAUUGACUACUGAAAGAAACAGAGUAUACCGGACGAGAGAAAUUCAUUAUCAAUGAACCUGUAUAGGAAUUUUGGGAAUCUUCUGGAGAGUUGGGUGACUGAAGGCCACCAGGAUUUAUACUUACAGCCUGGACCUGGUGUGGACAGAUUAGAUUCCAUUUAUAGAGACUCUGUCCCACUAUCUAAUAUAAAAUCAGAAUCUGAGGACUCCGGAUUUGAAACGGUUAGUACAACUAGUCCUUGUCAUUCUCACCAGUGUAGUGCUUUGACAUCUGAAGAAUCAAAGCCAGUUUUUGGCUCUACAGAGAAUGAGGUUCAACCUUCAUCCCCGUCUCCUUCUAUUUGCUCAUCCUCAUCCUCAAGUGUUGAUCUCAGCUCUGUGGCUCUAAAAACAACACAUCUGGAGGUGGAGCAAGUCUUGAGAAGGACCGAAUCAGGCUCAUGGAGAGGACCCCUGCACCAGGUUGAAAGAGGGACCGCUGGGCCACGGUAUCGCUCUAACACGGCCUCUUUUCCAACCAGCUUUCACUCAAACAGCUCCAGACCACAUCAUCGGUUUGCUCGUCCAAGGAGAACUCAUUCACAACCUCCAGAUUCCAAGAAAGCAGAGCUGUACAGAAAAUACCUAAAGUCAGACCAACAUGGCCAACCAGCAGACAGCCAGUUGGAGCUUGCAGACAGUGAUCAUUACAGACUGGACAAGCUGUCUCCAGGGUUGCUGUACCUGGAGCAGGUGUGCAGGAUGCUGGAGAAUGUUGCAAAGCUACAGCAGCAAAACUACAGCCUGCAGAAAGAGGUGGAGAUCCUGAAGAGUCAGCAUGCAGAAAUAGAGCUUGGAAGCUUUCAUGUGGAGGAAAUAAGCUAUCCUGCCAGUCAAGGUUUACAGAUUCUGGGUCAUGAAGAUCCACCCAGCGAAUCGUCUCACCUAAAAGAACCCAUGGGUUUUCGUCACAGAUCAGUAUCUGAUACUCAGGCAGCUGUCGGCCAUCACAGGAGAACAAGGUUUGUUCGAGACAAACCUAUUGUAGAUGUCUUAGUCGAGGAACCUGAUGGUAAAGAUCCUUUACCGGAAAAUGAGCACAAAAAGCCGAGUAAGAUCCAAAAGCUGAAAUUUGCAUCAUUUAGAAGACAGGAAACACAACAGUCUGACAGAGAAAGCAAAAGCUUUCAGCCUAAGAAGAAAACAAGAAUGCCAAGCUUUUUCAGUAGGAGUAGAAGUAUGACGACACGUCUCUAACAUUCAUGCCUCAUUGAUGCACAGUGAUGGUGGUGAUUCACACCUCCCAUUUUCCUGAGGAUUAUGGCACUUUUAUAUGUAUAGUUGUUUUAGUCUAGUAUUUAAGGCUGCACUUAAAUAAAGUACUGAGUAGUACUAAUAGUCUUCAUGUACUUAACGGAUACUUGUUUUUUUGGAACUGUCAGUCCACUUUGUUUUUGUAAAUACUAUUGUUUAUAAAUUUGCAAUGCAAAACGCUGGCAAUGUUUAGUUUUCAUCACUAGAUCCAUUCAUUCAUUGUAUUAUAGUUAUUUUCUCAUUUAUCAUAAUCUCAGUCUGUAAACCUUUGCUGCUAGAAUUUGUUAUUUUGUAACACUAAGGUGAUUUCACAACAAUUGUUUAAUAUAAUAAAAUAUACAAUACACCACUUUACUUGCAAGUUAAAUUCCCUUAGCAGAAUCUGAUGUUUUGCUUUUUAAGAAGAGAGAGGGGUUUUAAUAUACUGUACACCAUAGUACAAAAUAACUCAUUUUUAUCUAUAGUAUGUAGAAUGUGAAUUUAUUCACAACUAUCAGAAAAGGCUACAAACAGUAAUUGAUACUUGAUGAGGCAACACGUGAUAGAACCAUAAAUAUGUAAACUUUUGAACAGGGUAAUUUGUGUAAAUUUAGCUCUGUCUUGUGGAAUAUAUUUAAGUAUCUGUAAUGUCCAACAGGUCAGCAAUAAAUUUGCAAAAAGCAUUUUUUUGAGAUCCUU